AUGGCUCAUCACGUUCUCUCUCUACCUCUAGCCACCAUCCUCGCGGUGGCACUACUCCUAGCCCGCCGCGCUGCGGGUUACCCGUGGUAUGUGUGCGGCUCAAGCAGCAACUUCGCGGCUAACAGCACAUACCAGGAUCAUCUCGACUUCGUCACGGCCACCCUUCCCAAGAACGCCUCCUCGUCCCCCGACCUCUUCGCCACCGCCGUCGUCGGAACCAUCCCGGAGCAGCUCUGGGCCAUGGGGCUCUGCCGCGGCGACGUCAACGCCUCGACAUGCUUCGAGUGCCUGACCCGGGGCUUCCAAGUGGUACCCAACGAUUGCCCCUACGAUAAGGGCGCUAGCAUCUACUACGACCCUUGUAUGGUGCACUACUCCGACGUCCACACUCUACCCAACGACGACACUGGCCCGAUGAUGAACACUUACGUCGUAACCAACGACGGAAACGUCACCUCGGCGGACGCGGCCCGGUUCAAGAGCCUCCUGGCCGACCUCAUCAACGCCACCGUCGAAUACGCCGCGAACAGCUCCCGGCGGUUCGCAACCGGGGAGGCCGACUUCAACCAGGAGACGAUCCCCAAGGUGUACAGCGUGGCUCAGUGCACGCCGGACCAGACACCGGCGCAGUGCCACAAGUGCCUCGAUAGGAUGGUAGAGGCUACCCUGGAGGCGUUCAAUGGCAGUAUCGGAGGCAGGGUGCUUGGGGUUGAUUGCACCUACCGGUACGAGACCGCGCCCUUCUACAACGGACGGGCGAUGGUGCGGCUGGCACCACCAACAAGCUCUAGAGCGCCGGCGCCGGCGCCGGCUCUGCAGCCGACGGCCGCCGGAGAAGAGCCCAUGUAUUACACUGAAGCGGAGGACACCGAAAUGGUGGACUCCAUGAUGAUGGACGUCUCCACCCUACGGGCCGCCACAGGGGAUUUCGAUGAGAGCAACAAGCUCGGCGAAGGCGGCUUUGGUGCUGUGUACAAGGUAUGGAUGCACUGGGAGGCCGGGACGGUGGCGGAGUUGGUCGAACCGAGCAUGGGCGGCAGUUUCCCGGAGGGCGACGUGCUGAGGUGCGUCCACAUCGGCCUGCUGUGCGUCCAGGCAGACCCUGCGGCCCGGCCGGUUAUGUCGUCGGUCGUGAUGAUGCUCGGCAGCGACACGGUCACCCUCCAGGCUCCAUCCAAGCCGGGAUUCUUCGCCAGGAACAACAACGCCAACACAGCCGUGUCGACAGUGUCAUUGAGUGGUUAG